AUGACAUCGCCCGUUUCAUACGCUAAUGCUGCAGCUAAUGGAGCCAUCUCCACUGUGGACAUUGACACCAAAUCCAAGCAAGAAGUCGAAGCAGUUACUGAAUCGCUUGCCAACACCAGUGUUGAAGACAGUUCAGCCACCACUGAAGAAUCCACUGAAGUUAAGGAAGAAACUGAUGAUACCACCAAAGAAUCCGACUCAGUCUCAAGUUCGCCAUCCAAGGAAAAGGCUCCAAAAAAGAACCUUCUCCCUGCACCUGUACCUGCCAAGUCUGCAUGGGGACAACAAAAGUUCAUUAAACCAAUUACAAAUAGAUGGGUUCCUAUUAAUGCCAAGGUAAUAUUACCUAAUACCAGAGGCAAGUCUCAACAACAACCAAGAAGAAAAAAGUCUGCCAAUGCUUCUCAAAAGACCAAUGCCAAGAAGCAAGGUAAGGAUGGAAAGAAGAAAUUGCAUCUUCUGCAUCAAGUGAUACCGAUGCUAGUGUUGAAGAAUCAGUUAGUUCUGAGGCCAAGGAAGAAUCUCAAGACGAACAAGCUCAACCGGCUCAAUCACAACAACAAAGCACGACCAACAGUCCGCCAUUUAACCAAAACUACCAAAAGUUCAACCAACAAAAGCCUUAUAGACGUUACAACAACCAACAACAACAACAACAACAACCAAAUGGAGGUAACUACAACGGACAAUAUCAAAAGAGAUACAGUAACCCAGAUCAACAACAACAACAACAACAACAACAACAAGCUCCACAACAACCGCAACAACCAGUAUUCCCAAACCCACAAUCUUCUCAACAAGUUCCAGGUUUCUUCCACCCUCAACCAUUUGUUCCUCAACCUCCAUUCCAAAACUUUAACAACCGCCAAUUCAGGCCGCAACAACACCAAAAUGGCCAAUACCGUGGGAACAGAAAUUACCGUGGCAACAACUAUCGUAACGGUAACCAACAACCACCAGUGA